UUUUCUUGUUUCUUCAGUGUCAUUUCACAGUUCAAAAUCUAACAGAAAAACAGACAAAAACACCCAAACAAACACUCACAUUGGUACCCAAAACAGAAAUACAGAGAAAAAAAAAGCAUUGCAUUUUGUCAGUUUUGUACAUUUCUUGUUAAAUUUGAAGUGUGAGUUUGUAAUUGCAACUGAAGCUGCUGCAGUAUUGUUGUUCUUGUGAUUGUGGAUUUGUCCCACAGAAAGAUUAACUAAUGGGGGUCUCAAGCGAUUCAGUGGCCGUUGAUAUUGAUAAUUUGGCACCUCCUGCAGGGAAGGAAGUUUGUGUAAAAACUAGCAAAGGUUUAAUCUCAGUUUUCAUCUGUGGGGAUCAACAAAAGCCUGCUUUAGUAACGUACCCAGAUGUUGCUCUCAAUUUUAUGUCUUGUUUUCGGGGUCUCUUCUUUUGCCAAGAAGCUGCUUCUAUGUUGCUUCACAAUUUCUGCAUCUACCACAUAGACGCCCCCGGGCACGAGUUAGGAGCAGAUGCGAUUUCUGUAAAUGUGCCUUUGCUUAGUGUACAUGACCUUGCAGACCAGGUUGCAGAGGUGGUUGAUUUCUUUGGAUUGGAGAAAGUCUUCUGCAUGGGAGUGACUGCUGGUGCAUACAUUUUGACACUCUUUGCAAUGAAAUAUGAAGAACGGGUAGCUGCUUUGAUUCUUGUCUCCCCAUUAUGCAGAGAACCGUCAUGGACUGAGUGGAUAUAUAAUAAGAUUUUGUUGAACUUGUUAUACUUCUACGGAAUGUGUGGUCUACUAAAGGAGUGUCUUCUGCUGCGCUACUUCAGUAAGGAACUAAGACGUGGCAUGCAUGGAGCAGAGUCAGAUACAAUAUAUUAUUGCCGAAGGUUACUGGAUGAAAGGCAAAGUUCAAACGUCUUGCGGUUUCUUCGAGCAAUUAACGAGAGGCAUGACUUAACAGAAGGCUUACAGAAGCUGAAAUGCAAGACCCUUAUUUUUGUUGGUGAGAGGAGCCCAUUCCAUGCUGAUUCUAUACAUAUGAAUACCAUGAUGAACAAGAACACUUGUGCCCUUGUUGAGGUUGAAUCAUGUGGAUCACUCGUGACUGAGGAACUUCCUUAUGCAAUGGUGGUUCCCAUGGAGUUCUUUUUGAUGGGAUUUGGUUUCUACAACAAAACUCCAUUUACCUCCACAGGAAGUAGCCAAGAACUCAGCAAAAACCCUUCAAGACAUUGGUGCAUUGCCCCGGAGCUGCUCUCUUCCGAGAGUCUAGGUGUUAAGCUUAAACCGAUCAAAACCCGACCAACUCAUAAAACCUGAGGUGGAAAUGUCUUUAUGCCACAAAGCUCCAUUGUAUGUUAUCAUGCCAAAAUGUGAUUAGCUGCUCUGGAAUCUUAAUCAUGCACAUAAAUUGUACAUGUAAAAGGCUUUCCACUCUGAUGGCAUUUUCAUUGCCCCAGGAUUUGUUUAGGUAGGAAAUUUUGGUCUGCAGUGGUUAGGUGCCCGUAAUCCUUCUAAGAUAGGAUAUUUCAGCACUCUGGGAGCUGGGGGAUGUCGCUACAAAUUCAUUUUGUACACUAAGAUGAAGCAGUAUAAAUUUCUAUAAUACUCGAAAUAUGAUA